AUGAACAUAUAUAUGUGUAAAUAUAAUCCGCUUAGAGGGGCAUCAUAUAUUAAAUUACCAAAAAUAAUAUCUGAUAAAAAAGCUAUUAUCAAUAUUAAAAACAAAGAUAACAAAUGUUUUCUUUGGUCAGCUUUGGUUCUAGCUGCUUUACAUCCACAACAUAAACAUGCAUAUAGAGUUAGCAAAUAUAAAGAAUGGGAAAAUGAAUUUAAUGAAGUAUUUAAAAGUUUAAAAAUUGGAUUUCCAGUUAAAUUAAAUGAAAUUUCUAAAUUUGAAAAAAAAAACAAAUAUGUCCAUUAAUGUGUUUACUUAUGAAUAUGAUGAUAUUAUAGUACCUCUAAAAAUAUGUGAUACUCAAAAAAAAUACAUCUUAACUUAUUUUAUCUUGGAGAAGAAAAUAAUGAACAUUAUUGCUUGAUUCAAAAUUUAUCAAGAUUAGUUUGUUCGCAAAAAACAAAACAUAGCCAUACAACAUAUUUAUGUAACACAUGUUUAUAAAAUUUUUAUACCAAGAAAAGUCUAACAGAUCAUGAGGAAUAUUGUAAAACUAAUAAAUGCGCUAAAUCAAUAUUACCAAAUAUUUCUGAUCGUAUUCCUCAAUUCGAAAAAUACAAUCAUUAUUAUAAAGUUCCAUUUGUUAUUUAUGCUGAUUUUGAAAGCAUGCUUCCUAAAAUUGAUAAAUGUCAACCUUGUGAUACAACCUCUUAUACAAAAAAAUAUCAAAAACAUUUACCCGUUAGUUUGUGUUUUAAUGUUAAGUAUAGUAAUACUAGUAAAAAUAAUCUAGUAACAUAUACAGGUGAAGAUGCAGCUUAAGUUUUUUAUGAAAAAAUAAAAGAUGAAGCAUUUUAUAUUACAAAAAAUUAUUUAGAUGUUAACAAACUUAUGAUAAUAACCAAAGAACAAGAAAUUGAAAAAUAAAAUAACUGUCAUAUAUGUGAAAAAUCUUUAAGUGAUUUACCACCAAUACUAGUGAAAAGAAAUAGAAUAUUUAAUGAAACUAUUGAUUAUUGUCAAUCUAAAAUAAAAGGAGGAUCAAUAGUUGAGAAUAAGAAUGAAAAAGAAAGAUUAGAUUUAGAAAAUAUAGAAAAAGAAAUUGAAUAUUUUAAAAAACAGCUUGAUGAGAAACAGAAAGAAAAACCGAUGUUCAUUGAAGAUCAUGAGGAUAAUAUGGAAAAAAUUAGAGAUCAUGAUCAUUUAACAGGAAAAUAUCGAGGUGCUGCUCAUUCAAUAUGUAAUCUAAAUUAA